AUGACCUUCAAAGUGAUAAUAGCUCUAAGCAUAAUCAGUAUUUUUAAUACAAUCAACUCACAAACGUGUGAUAAAAAUAAAAAUUGUGAUCAUAUUGAGUCGGAUGAGUUUGAUGAGUUCACCAACAAAAUAACAUCCCAAAUCAGCACUGCCUUAUCAUCAUACAAACCAUGUAAAUCUCAAAAUUGUUCCUGUCACAUUGACGUCCUUAAAAGAGACUUUAAAACCUUCGAGAAAGGAAUAACCAGGCGAAUGCUGGACGAUGUCAAGUCUCACGGAACUGUCUAUCAAAUAAUUAAGAAUAAAAUUUACAGACAAAAAGACUGCAACUUUCCGUCGAGAUGCUCUGGUGUUGAAUAUUUUAUAAAGAAUAUUUUAAAUAAAGUGAAACUUCCGGACAUGGAGCUUGUCAUAAAUGUCAGAGACUAUCCACAAAUUCUACCUCACUAUGGACGACAAGGUCCAGUGCUGUCAUUUAGUAAGACUGGAAGCUACCUAGACAUUAUGUUUCCAGCAUGGGCAUUUUAUGAAGGAGGUCCAGCAAUUAAAUUAUAUCCAACAGGUCUUGGUCGAUGGGAUUUACAUCGAGACUCGAUGUCAGCAGCUGCUGAACAAUAUCCGUGGAUUAAAAAAGAAUCAAAAGCAUUUUUUAGAGGAUCAAGGACGUCCGAUGAGCGGGAUGCACUGGUUCUUUUGUCAAGAGAGAAUCCAGAAUUUGUUGAUGCACAAUAUACAAAAAAUCAAGCAUGGAAGUCACCUAAAGACACACUCGGUGCGGAACCAGCUGAUGAAAUUUCACUCGAGGAUCACUGCAAAUAUAAAAUAUUAUUUAAUUAUCGAGGCGUGGCUGCAAGCUUUCGAUUCAAAUAUUUAUUUUUAUGUAAAUCACUUGUCUUUCAUGUCGGCAACGAAUGGAAGGAAUUCUUUUAUGACUCACUAAAGCCUUGGAUCCAUUAUGUUCCAGUUGACAGCAAGUCAAAGCCUGAUUACUUCGAAAAAUUGAUAAAAUUCUUCCUAAAUCAUCAAGAAAUCGCUCAAGAAAUUGCAGAACGAGGACAUGAAAUGAUUUGGAAUAAUUUAGGGGUGGACGAUGUUGAAUGUUACUGGAGGAGACUAUUGAGGAGCUAUGGAAGGUUGAUGAAGUUUGAAGUUGAGAGGAAUGAAGAUUUUAUUGAGGUUUAG